UCUGUGCCAAAUGUACUGGCAUGAAUAAUGAUCGUUCAAACUUUUGAUAUAUCGGAUCGAUGACAUCAAAUAAAAUGACCUGGCGAACCGAUAACAAAAUAUUGUAUUGAAUAACUGUAAAUUACAUAAUAUAUUAACAAAAUGGACGAUGGUCCAAAAAAAGGAAAUAUUCCAGUUGACAAAAAAGCUUUAGAGGAAUUGGAACCAAGCGUAGAUGAACCCGAAUCUCAAGAACUCAGUGCAACACCACACAAAAGUCAGCUUAAAGAUCAAGUUAGAGAAAAUACGAAGAAACCUGAUGAGGAAAAAAAACCCGCUCUUGAAGAAAACCCGAAGAAGAAGGCUUUUUUAGCUGAAGUUGCUGACAAGGCAGUACCUUUUGGAGUCGAAUUAGAUCCAAGGCCAUUAGAAGAAGAAAUCGAACCAGAACAUGGUGAAGAUGCUAUUCUAGAAGGAAACCAACCACCACACGACCAAAAUGCCAUUCUAGAAGAAAUCGAGAUAAUCCGUCAAGAUAUUGGUAAUUUACGUCAAGAAUUCCGCGACGAAGUUGGGGUACUUCGCAAUGGCAUGAACCAAAUUAUGGCUUUGCUAAUGGAGCAGAAUCAACAAAGACCACAAAAUCAGCAACCAUCAGGCGACAUGGGGCAGCAACCAUCAAGCGACAUGGGACAGAGCAACCGCGAUCGCCAAUAAGCGAAAAUUGAAGCUUCAAAAAUUGAAGAUUCCGUGCAAAAAAUAAUUUUUUUAAAAUAUAUUCAUUUAGUACAACUGUAAGUUUUAUCUGUAAUCUAAUAGUGUGUUUUAAUUGAUUAGUAUACAUGUUUUUAUUACAUCGACGAGAUAAAUUAUUUGCGAGCAGAAUGCUUAUAGGAUAGAAUUUUCAUAUUAUAAAGAGAGCAACGCACAAAUUUAUGAACUCGAAAGUCAAACCGUCUCAAGUUGAUGCUAAUUUUAGAAUUAUUACCGUUUAGAACCCAGAAAAGCAUCGGUCAAAAAUUAAUAGGAGAAUAUUAUGUAAGAUAAUUUUUGUCUUAAGAAAUUGUUCUCAAUUGUAAAUAUAAUAAUAACUUUACAACAACGAUCGAAAAGACUCCGCGGAACGACUAUUUGGUCUCCUUCGUUUAUUUAUAUAAUAUAAAUAAUUUUAUGUCCUUGAAAUCAAACAGCUUCGUGCAAGUUUAGAAUUUGUU